AAUUAAAGACAUGUUGCUUUUCGCCCUCUUCAACGCUGAUUCAAAACGAAACUUAUGAACUUGCAAACUCGUGGUGGAUCUGUUGCACUUAUGAACUUUCUGUUGCAGCAGGUGUAAACAACUUGCAACUCGCGAGUUCUAGGAAAACAGAUAGUGUAAGCGGAAGGGGCGAGAGUAUAUAAGUAAAGGAGGGAGCAGUGUUAAAUCUGAGAGUCUGCUGUGGUCUUACGCAUCGACGUGCAGCCAGGUAUCUUCCGCUCAACUUCACUGAGGACAACCCGGCUCUCCGUCCUUCCAGCACACGCCUGACAAUUGGUAAUGUGAUGUGGAGGCGGUUUAUUGGGACAUCUGCUGGGAGAUCGCUACGGCUCUGCAUGGUGGAGGACGCCCGGGGAGUCCGGUGUCCAGGGAAGGUCGUCCCUGCUCCUCUGGACCCCCCCCCCCCCCCCCCCCUGCACCUCAGGAGUCAACAAUGCAGGAAGGGUUCGCAGGGCUCCCAUGGUGGCUGCAGGAUGCCUCAUCACGGUCACGUCUGAAACACCUGUCGUUCUGUGGCAUCUCGACAACAAAACGUGUCACUCACGCAAUGGCACUGAGUGGAUGACCGAGGUCACGUCUGACCGAUGGAUCUCGAACAGCACGAAAGUUCGAGGGAUCGGAUGGGUUCUAUGGCCCAUAUUUGCUGCUCCUGUUCCUUUGGAUCCCCCUAUUGGCCCUUUGCCCCCUUGUUUGCCAGAUUGAAGAAAACGCACACGGAGAUUCACUGGAUCGUCUUGUUUCCCCCUUUCCCCACAUGUGCCACACGGAAACAGCGUGCAUGGUACGACACCCUUCUGGGUGGAACCGGAAUCGUGUUAAGCAUCUCUAACCCGAUUGAUGGAGAAGUCACCAGAACUAUGUUGUCCAACACCGGAAGUGACAUUGCGCACGGUCUCUCGACCGUAGGGCUUUGGAUGCCCACAUCUAUCACGCCUCAUGAAGAAGCGGCGUCUUUCUUAGCACAAUUGUCAUGGGAUAAAGAGAUGUGGGAUGCAACACAAGAAGUAUUAACCAAUAUUUCUAAUGCAUUGAAUAUGACUGUUAGUAAUUUACAGGUACUUAACAUGAAAUUACACCUUUGACACAAUCAGUGACAACUACGAAAAUGCACUGGAAAGUUGUAUUUUUCAUCGUGUGCUCGGAGGAAGAGAGAGUGGUAUGACACGUUUUUAGGGGGAACAGGGACGUUAUUAGGGGUAUUUAAUACUAUUGAUAACGAAGUAACCCGCUCAAAAUUAGCUGGAACUGGACAAGGCACUCAUGAUGCCUUGGUAAAAGUGGGAAUGUGGCUUCCCAAUGCGAUAGUGGGUCAAAAGGAGAAUGCUGAAUUAUGGAAAAAGGUAUUUAAAUGGGAACUAACGGUAUGGAAUGCGACUAGUGAGGUAUUAACCAACGCUACUAAACAAUUAAAUUGGACUACAUGUAGUAUACAAAACUUAAAUGCAAGGGCGCAGAAAGAACGCUUUGAACGAAUAAUGACUACAGGAAAUUAUCAGGAGUGGCGUAGGGUUUGGAAUAUAUCUUCGACGUUAUGGUUACAACUGCAUUCGGAACAUACUAUCUGUAAUGGGACCGAAUGCCGGGGAAAUUGGACAACCUAUAAAGUAGCCUCCAACGUUACGGUAUGCAAAUUCCUGAUACUACCCGUUAUAACUAAACUAGGAUAUUGGUUUUUACAUAUAGAAGGAGAAUGGUUUAACCCAGAAACAAACCAAACCUUUGAUACCGUUCUUUGUCAGACAACCGAUAAAGGACUAGCUUGUACAUUGCAUGUUGAAAUUAUCAACCCGUGUCUAAUCAAAGCAGGAGAUUUUGUAUUAUGCGACUGGUCUAGGGAACCCAGCAGGGACAUUUUGUGGCAGGUGGGACCACACACCCUUUGUGUGGCCACGGCCCAAAAUCACUCCAUGCUGCCAACAGUUCCAUUCGUAGGAUGCCUAUAUGAUGUUCAUUUCUUCCAGUGGGGAAACGGGACGUAUCAGUUGACAAAUUACACGGUUGCUAACCGGUUUACGGCUGUGCAAUGGGAGGUGCUCCGCACCCCAUGGUCAAUCUCCUUGGAACGUUUCAAAUGCGCAUUGGAACAGUCCACCGAGAUCCAGAAAUUGAUUAAGUCCCAUGCGUCUAAUGUUUCCCAACUGAUGAUAUCAACAUUAGUGGCUAAAGGAGAAAUUUUGCAUGCAGUUAAAAUUAUUCAGCAACAAUCUGCUCACCAUUGGUGGGAUAUUUUUUCAGGCUUAUCAUAUACUGCUAGAGUGACGUUAUUACCGCCAAUGAUUUUGGUAUUAAUAGCCAUUGCUUUAACUACGCUUUGUAAUAUUGGGAUUUGUUGCUAUGUCAGACGAAUUAAAAGAAUGUUGGCCCGUGAAAUAUUUACAUAAGGGCGCGAGGAAACAUUGUCGCACAAACAGCAUGUUGCAUAGAUAUAUUUCCGGAGGUAGAGGGGCAUAUAAUUGAUUAUCAGGAUAAUAGGGAUGGCUUCUAUUAUCGUAGAAUAGAACAACAUGAGAAUCGCUUAGAUAUGUUAACUGCAGCUAUGGAAAUAAUAGUAUCAGACCACGAUCUGCUAGCAUACGCCAAUUUAUGGGGAGAUCCCUGGCUCCAAUGGAUUCAAAUGAAUUGGAGAUUUUACGCGCAAGGUUUAAUUAAUUAGGAAAUAAGUUGUAAGUGGUCGAAAAGCACCAGGAGUGGAAUGGAGUGAAAAUUAAAGACAUGUUGCUUUUCGCCCUCUUCAACGCUGAUUCAAAACGAAACUUAUGAACUUGCAAACUCGUGGUGGAUCUGUUGCACUUAUGAACUUUCUGUUGCAGCAGGUGUAAACAACUUGCAACUCGCGAGUUCUAGGAAAACAGAUAGUGUAAGCGGAAGGGGCGAGAGUAUAUAAGUAAAGGAGGGAGCAGUGUUAAAUCUGAGAGUCUGCUGUGGUCUUACGCAUCGACGUGCAGCCAGGUAUCUUCCGCUCAACUUCACUGAGGACAACCCGGCUCUCCGUCCUUCCAGCACACGGUAAUUAAGCUUUUGACAUUGCUUAGAGCGGUUAUACACUGAAGUGCAUUGUGUUACUCCUAUGCAUUUUGUCACGCUUCUAUUCUGUGGGUUAAAUAAAAUGUGCAGCUUGUUUAACGCAGAGAAGUGUUAGAGCCUUGUGUGUGUGUGUGUGUUGCCGAUUUUCCUCGAUCCCAUAGGCCACAUUAUUACAGUAAUUGAUCAUAAACUGUAAUAGGUCUGACAACUGGUAAGAUACUGUAUUUGACUAUAAACAGUAUUGAUGAAACUCUAUCACAAUUAUUGGUUAUAAAAUUGUGAUAUUCCCCGCUUCGUGUGAUAAUUGCGUAUAAAUCACACGACCCUAUCUUUGGACAAGCCAAUUGAAUAUAAGACUUGCCCUUAGAACAUACUGUCUAGGAUAAGCAGUAUCUAAAAAGUGUU